UUUUUUCCUACUUUUUCUCAUUCUUCACAGUGAAAUCCCCCCUCCCCCCCCCCACUCUCCCAACCCGCAAUCAAGGUACUGGAUCAACCUCAACUAUAUUAGUGAUCCUUUUUCCCUUCCUUCCCAACAGUGUGUCCUCCCUGAAGAAGAAAAUUAUAUUUUUUCACACCUUUACCUCCACCUCCCCUCACCACCCCCUUUUUUACUUUUAAAUUCUAAAUCAACUAUUCGAUCUUUUUUACCUCUAUUCCAUUUCUUUUUUAUUCCUUUCAAUCACAUUCACAUUCACAAAAAAUGUCUCUCAGUAGACUACCGCAGGUCGCUCUGCGCCGACUCAUGCCAGCCAUCACAGCAGUACCCAAGAGCCUAGACGACGACCAACUAAAGAAAAUUCUCGACCCACAACACCAACACGCUCAGCUACGCAACACCUUGCCGAGUAAAUCCGAACUAUCCACGCUCUCCACAACCCAAGGUCUCCUCUCCGCACUCUCCAAACUAUCCACCUCCACAACCCAACCUGGCACCUCACCGUCAUCGCCGGCGGCGGUUGGUAGGUUGUUGAUGAAUUUAAUCGGGGCUCAUGGGAAAUUGUCGUCGCAGGAUUUGGCGCUUUUGAAAUCGACCACGGGGCUGAGUACGGAGGACGGAGAGUCCGUGGUGGCUGUGAAGGAGGAGCCCGGAGAAGGCGGCGGCGUGUUGGAUUCGGCUAGUGUGGACGCACUUGUAUUGUUGGCACUUCGCGAUACCACUGCCUCUUCUCCCUCUCCCCCAAUUUCUUCGCCCCCUUCUUCGUCUUCGGCAUUGUCGACUGUGGGAGCAGGCAACUCGGGUGCAUUGGCCUUGGAGGAGCAUAACAACUUGGCAGAGUCUUACGAAAUGUCCUCUGAUGAUGACUCCGGUCUGCCACCUAUCCCCUCCGACCUAUCCUCCUCGGAACGCCGUAAGGAGCAGAACCGCCGGGCGCAGAAAAAGUUUAGACAAAAGGAUAAAGUGCGUCAGAAGGAGAUUAAAUGGCGCGCGGCCCAGUAUGAAGACUUGGUCGAGAGCAAUAAGAGGUUUAAGCGGGAUAUCGAUAGUAUCAGUAGGGAGCGCGAUAUGUAUAGGAGGAUUUUGGAAAAUAGUGGUGUGGAUUUGGCUGCGGCGAAAAUUUUGGGCGAUGGCAAGUCUUCCAAGGUAACAACGGGUCUUUCGCAGGCGGAGGUUUUGGCCCCGGUGGCGGUGCAGCCGGAUAUGGGGCUGGAUCCGAUGUUGGUUGGACAUGGAAUGGAUCAGAUUGCACAAGAUACUUUUGGAUCUAUUUCUAGUGUUCACACACAGCAGCAACAGCAACAGCAACAGAAGAGGUCUUUGGGAAUGUCGAUGAACGAUAUGCUUUCUUCUUUGGUCUUUGGCGCUGUCAAAUCCGAUCCCAUGUUUGGCUUGGUUUCGCAACCCAAUACUUUCCAACACACUUCAACUCCCUCGGCCAGCUUAUCCCCGACAAUGUCCGACGCAGCCUCCUUGUUGCCGGCAUCCUUGUCCCUGUUAUCGAACUCAUUUGGUACCGCGGUUACUUUAUCCGACGAUAAUAUCACCACUGCUACUACAGGAUCCGCUACUACUAGCAAUUUCAAUUUGCCAUCUGCUGGGUCUAGUGCUUCUUUAGUCGAGGGUCAGUCUGGGGUAUGGUUUGAUAGUGCGGAUAUGAUAUUGGUUGAUUCGCCAAUUAUUGCUGAUCAUAUGGAUACACCACAGCAGAUGGUUGAUCCGAUGGCGUUUAUUGAUGAACUGUUGGCUUCGCCCGAGUUCUCUUCGGGAUCGGUGGAUAAUUUUGCAACGGGUGCGGUGAAUGGUCCGGGAUCGAUGGUGCGGAAGCGCUCAUUUGACGAUAUGUUUUAAAUAUUUUUUCUUUUCUCUUUUCCCCCUCCCCCCCCCAUUUCAUUUCAUUUAAUUUCUUUCGCUACAUAAAUUUUAAUUAAUUUUUUUUGCUCGUAAAUAUUUGUUUACAUAUUGUCGAAAAAG